UUCGUCUGUUCCUUCCUCACGCCUCUCCAUCAUUCACUCUUCUCUCCUUACCUAACCUAACCUAACCUAACCUAACCUAACCUAACCUAACCUAACCUAACCUAACCUAACCUAACCUAACCUAACCUAACCUUACCUUACUUGAGCUAACCUAACCUUACCUAAUUUUACCUAACCUAAAUUAACCUUACCUAAUCUAACCUGGCCUAGCUUACCGCCAUGGCUGCCAACACCACUUUCUUCCCCCCAGCAGAUCCUAACGUCAGGCUGCGCGCCAUGUUCUACGCUCUUACGCCGCAGGAAACUUACGCGGAGCACUUCCAGGACAUGCCAGACGUCGCCUACAUAUCGCGGCCCUUCUUCUUCCUGUGGGUGCUGCUUGACCUGCUGAUGCUGCUGGCCAUAGGGGAGAAGAAGGACGCACGCCUGCACCACGUUUUCAUUAACUUCACCGUGGGCCACAUCACGGAGGCGGGGGGCAGGUUCGUAUCCAAAGGGCUAGAACUGACGGCGUAUCUCUGGAUCUACCACCACCAUCGCCUCUCUAGCCAGCCCUUCGACUCUGUCUCCACCUACGUACUGUGUCUCAUUGGCGUGGACCUUUGCACUUACUGGUGGCACAGGAUGACGCACGAGAACUCGGUGCUGUGGGCGGCCCAUCAACUUCACCACAGCUGUGAGGACCUGAACCCCUCUGUAGCCGCCCGCAUAUCACUUUCCAUGCUGGCUUUCAAGUGGGUGUUCUAUCUGCCUCUCGCUUUUCUGGGCCUGCCUCCCACCGUGUACGUGAUCCACAGUCAGAUGAACUUCUAUUACGGGGCCCUGGGACACAGCAGAGUGUGGCCCAAGAUGCAGAAGAUCCUCCCUGGCCUUGGUCAUAUCAUAGAGUUUUUCUUCGUUACUCCGAGUCACCACCGCGUCCACCACGCCUCCAACAAAUACUGCAUCGACAAGAACUACGGGUCUCUGCUCAUCAUCUGGGACCGCAUGUUUGGGACCUUCGAGGAGGAGAGGGAGGGUGAGGAGCUUGUGUAUGGAGUCAUUGACCAGAAGGAAGCCACCCAUAUCAUUGGGCUGCAGCUGGACCCCUGGUGGACUCUGUGGGACCGCUUCAGUGCCGCCAAAACCCCAGGGGACAAGCUGAGGACCCUGAUGUACGGCCCCGGGUGGUCAUCAGGUCAGCCCCGCCUUGGGAAUCCCGAAGAUAUCCCUGAUGUGCGCGGCAGACAGAAACACCCGUUCGAAGCUCCGGUGUGGUUCUCCCUCUACUUGCUCCUGCACUGCUCGCUGGUCGUGGCAGGCAUCACCGACAUGGCCACCAGGAUGAGGGCGGUGGGCAGGGGCUUGGGACUCGUGCACUUCCUAUACGUGGUCCUGGCCGGCACCUCCCUCGGCGGGCUGCUCUCAAGUCACCGCGGCUCCCUGAGAUUCGAACCAGUGCGCCUCCUCCUGUCCCUUCCCCUGUGUCUCCUGCUGCCUGUCUUCGCCUCCCGCUCCCUCGCAACUUGCCUCGCCCUCACCAACGCCGCUAGUCUCCUCCUGUGGCCGCUCGUCAGGACACAAGCGCUCAAAAUGGCCGAUAAGAAGGAAGGGCGGAAGACUGAGUAAUGUUUGGGUUCCCAGAAUGCGUACGGUAGGAUGUGGUGCUUGAGGAGUCAGAAUGCGUAUGGUAAGUGAGUAAGAGGUGUUUGGGUUGUCAGAUUGCGUACGGUAGUGGUGUUCAGGACUCAAGUGGUCAAAAUGAAUGGCAGAAAGAAAGGACGAAAGACUGAAUAGGUGGUGUUUGAGCCGUCAGAAUGUGAAGGGUAGGUUUUAAAGUUUUCAGAAUGCGUACGGUAGUAAGCGGUGUUUGGGAUCUCAUAAAGUGUGCGGUAUAGUUCUGCCGCUACAAGGUGACUAAAGAUUGCUCUAAGUCAGCCUUUAUGAAACGUCAGGGACCUUAAUUCUAAUUAGUGUGGGACUAGAUGACGGGGUUGUAUGAGACCUGAGAAUUUGUUAACAGUUCCUUGCUACGUGAAAAGGAGUGUGUGUGUGUGUGUGUGUGUGUGUGUCUGUGAGGCGCGCAUUCAGAAACAUUGCUCUCACCACGCCUGCCUGUUUUCAGUAGUCAUGAUGAAGUGACACGAGUUUCUAAGGGUGUUUUUAUGGUUCUAGUAACAGUUUAACAACAUUUACAUUACGAACAGGAGAAACAUGCUUGAGAACUCGGCUAGUCAUCUCUGUCGUGUUGAGAGAGCAAAGUGUUCUUGAAUACCCGACUAGGCACGUCACACGUUUAACAGUUGAGUGCUUCUGUAUGUCUGUAUGUGUGCAUGAUUUGUAGCUAAAAAAAAUUACUUUUAUUAUAUUAGUAUGUAUGUAUAUAGUAUGUUUUUUUUUUUUUUUCAUGACUUCUACGGCGAUUUAAAUACACAUGUAUACACUUGAUUUCGUACCUUUGUAGAAAGUAUCGAACCUUGUGUAUUCCUUGUAUUUCACGUAGCUAAAUAUUUAUGUAGAUAUGCAUAACAACUGUAUAGUGUUUAUUUAGACCUUCAUGGAUUAAAACAUGAUGAAAUGACAA